GGAAGACUCCCUACCAACGGACAAGUUCUCACCUUUCUUUCCCUAUUUUUCCCAUAAAAAUAAGCCAAUAUAUUUGCAAAAGAAAGAUAGUAAUACGGACAUGAAGGGUUGUGCGAUUUGUUACAGGCCGAUGAUUGUGGGCAAAUCAAUUGACGUGAAAGGCAUGAGCUUUGUAUCGACAAAUAGACUAGAGUUUGGUGCUGGGUUUUUACGUCUAGGUAAAACAGCAACGGUUUUAGCUGUCAGAGCUUCUGCUGUUGAUUCCUAUGAGAGCUCUUCCUAUUUUGUUAAGCGUAUGGGAAAAGCUUGGGCCAUCUCUCAGCAACCGAGGCCGAUUGUUUGUUCUUCAUGCGACUCCAAAGGGCACGUUGAAUGCCAGUGGUGUAGGGGUACAUGCUUCUUCAUCCUCGGGGAUAAUAUGCUCUGCCAAGUUCCUUCUAGGAAUUCCAGUUGUGUAAUUUGUGCUGGGAAGGGGUCGAAGUGCUACUCAGGCUGCAAAGUAACCGGAUUUCGGGCCAAGUGGAUGGGUGAGCCUCCUAUUUCCAAAUAGCAUAUGAUUUCUUGGGUGUUGCCUGUCGCCAAGUAAAAAUGUUGAAGGCUGCAAAAAACAAGCAUGACAUUUGUUUGCCAUGCCCAUUGUGAAUGAUAGAUCCGACCCCGAAUUACAAGAUCACACCAUAUGUUUUUUCUUCUUUGUUCAUGUAUUUGUACAAUGUAAAAGAGGAAAGACACAACUGUUGUUGUUUGAAAUAGUCAUGAGUGUACAAUAAUUCAUUGUUUAUGUAGACAAAGAAGUUAUUUUAAAAUGUUUUAUUUCCAAGGCAUUACCAGAA